AUGCACAUAUAUGUUGGCCUCGCGCGUUUGUGCCCUCUUGACCCCUUUCACAUGGAGACGACGACGCACGGAGUCCUGGAACUUCUGCUGGUCAGCGCCGUGGGCAUGAACCAUGCGCACCAUCACCUAGGACCGCAAAGAUACUACGUGACCAUCCAGUGCGGCGACCAGUUCUGCACCAGAGGAUCUGGUGGAACGAGAAGUUCAGGUUCCCGCUGUCGCCCCGCGAGUGCAGGGAGCUGGCCAAGGUCACGCUCAAGGUCAUGGAGAGGGACAAGUUCGCCGAGGACACUCUGGUCGGCGAAAUCAGGUACGUCGUACGUGCAAGAGACUCCAUCCACCGUGCCCCGGUCCGACGACCUUGUGCAAGUGCGUUGCAGGGUGCAUGUAGGCGAGAUCAUCAGGGAGGGCAGCGAGAGGGAGUUCCUGCAGAUGAAGCCCGCCCCGUACAACAUCGUGCUCCGGGACGGCACGUACAAGGGGGAGCUCAAGCUCGGCCUCAAGUUCCUCUCCGGCGUGAGCUCGGAGCAGCGGCCGGGAGAGCGCCGCCAGUGCGCGGCCGCGCCGCCGAGGCGGCCGUACGCGGUGUACACGCCCUUUCUGAACAUCACGCUCCCGUGCGUCCCGUGGAGGAGGUUCUUCUUCUUCUGCACCCGCUCCAACAGAUGGACGACGAGAGAAUGAUCACUGAAAACGCCCGUCGAUGCGUUUCUUUUUUCCUUCUUUGGAUUUGGAGGAGAUCUCGUCAGCGUUUCUUGCCGUUUCUGUCAAAAUGUGUCGAACUCCUUGAGCUGUGGCCGUGAAAGAUGUAACUGUACCGGUGCAUACGUAGUUUGGAGGAUAUAAGUUAAGCUUUUGUUUGGAUUAAUAAAAAAAUUCUAGCAGCAACAUUCAGAUUAUAUAAUUAAGAUGAAUAGAAAGGAAAUAUCCAGAGCAGUUCUCCCCACUUUUAUAAACGAGGUUCGGCUCCUCUUUUCUCACCCGCAGGCCUCAUUUGACAGAAAGGGAUCAUGGAAGUUUUGAGAGGAGGGGAUUUCAACGGAUUUGGUGAAUCCCCCUCUUUCACCCAAUCCCCUUAAAACCUCAAAUCCCUCUCCAGCCACACAUCCCCUCCAUACAGAACAUUGUUUGACAGGGAUGAAUUUCCAUAUUGAAUUAAAAUGGUGUAAAACAGUUAAAAAUCUAAUCUUGCAACAAUUCUUCACAUUAACAACAUAAUUUGCUUGACUUGAAAUCAAUUUAUGGAUGGGGACCAAAAUGAAGCAUACUAAAGAAGGAACCAACAAUAUCAGUAUCCACUGAAACAAAGGGACAGUGGAUCAAUUUGACCUACUACGCAGGCGGGACAAACCACACUUUAAUUAUUUAAAUCCCUCUAAUUAUUUACUGUCAUCUAGGAUCUUGCUUCUAGUCCAGAACUUUGGGGUUUUUUUAUUUAUGUUGAUAGAUAAAACUAAACAUUGUUCAUGUGCAAAAGUUCAUCCAGGGACCUUGCUUUACUGUCAAUGUAAAAGCUCAUCCAGAAACACCAUAAUUUCUGUCAACAUGAAAACCUACACUUCUAUCAAAAUUCAAAUCAAGGUACUGGUUCUCACAAGAGUCGGGUUCCAAUGAUUUUCAGGAGAGGAGAGAGAUGGCCAUGGAGGCAGCCAGUCUCAUCGAUGGACGCAGCAAACUGUUGCAGAUCGAAGCCAUGGCCGCUGGGUGCCGGAGGAGGAGCAAGAAGAGUCAGCUCUAGGGUUUGCAGGGGAGGGGAUGGAGAAGUGGAGGAUAGGGGAGGAAUCACAUCGGGAAUAAC